AUUUCUCUGGCAGCCCAUUCUAUUGGACUCGCAUUCCGUUCAUUUGUAGAUCGAGUCUGUCCAGGAGCUCUUGUGAUUUCUUUAUCUGACUGUGUUAAUGAUCCAUUCAGUGGAUUCCAUCAAUCAAUUCUUGACUUAGAUUUCGUUCAUCAUCUCAGUGACAUCCCUGUUUCCUUCAACUACAGCACGGGAUUCCGUGAUAUUUCCCUUCGGAUCAAUCGAGUUCAAUUUGUAGAAGAUCGUCUUCAAUUCUCAGAAAUCGGAGUUUUCGAUCCAAUUCAAAAUAUCUACAAAGACAGUAGCGACACAGCAACACCUUCAGCACGUGGCAGUUUUCUUCUUAUGUCUUCUACUUGUCCGAAAUCCACCUGUUCCAAGGAAUUGGCAAAGAGCACCAUCAAGCAGCAAUUACCCUCAAUUUUCAAAGCGUUGACAGAUGUAGAAAUCAUGAUUUUCACCAUAUUUUCAGUGCUCUCUGCUCUGACUUGUCUCAUGUUAAUCUCCACGGAAUGGUUAAUCCUCUCAUCUCAAUCUGCAACAGAAUUUGUUUCAUCCCUUCACGGAACAAUGUGGAGAUGCUCUCCUGGUGAUUCCUCUGAAGAGCUUCUGAUGCUAUCUUGUUGCCUCAUUGCUCUCUUAUCUCUCCUCUCCUUCAUUUUCUCAGUUGCUUCAUUGAAACACUCUCAGAGUCUUCAGCACCUCAUGAUCUCAGUCCUCGCGAUCUUCUUCGAAACAGGACUUUAUGUUUCUCUUCCCUUGAUUCCUUACAAGACGAGAGAUUUUGUAAUGGCUACGACUAUUCUGAUCUUCGCUUUCGUCUCUCUUCUUUUGUCACAUACUGGAAAAACAUCUGCAAAAGAAGAGUCAGAAUGCGGUGGAACACUCCAGAAGACGAAUGACAAUUGGCUCCAGCACGUAGUUCAAUCUCCGAAGGACCAGAUGGCGUUGGUUCAGAACUAUCAUACAGCUUCCACGCAUCCACAGUCAACAAUGCAUUAUGAAAAGAGAUCAGAAGGAACAUUGAGAAGAAAUACUUCUCUUUAUGGAACUGAGGCAUACGGU